AUGGACAAGCUUCAUGGUGCGUCCAAUUUUGUGAACUUUGCUGCAUACUCUUGGAAUAUCUUCCGCUACAUAGGCGACUACCUGCAUUUGGGCGGGAUAUUGACUCUGCUCGUGACGAUAGCAAAGAACCAGUCAGUGGCAGGCAUUUCAAGGACGACGCAGAUUUUGUACUGCAUUGUCUUCUGUACCCGGUACUUGGAUUUGUUCGACCACAAGCAAGCCUUCUACUUGGUCUUCUUCAAGCUCACGUACAUCCUUACUUCGUUCAUUGUCUUAUUCUGCUUCUACCAGUUUGACGGUACCUAUGCGCGGAGGCAUGACACCUGCAACAUGACAGUGAUCCUGAUUCCUUGCACACUUGCUGCGCUGCUGCUGACCAACGACUACUCCCUCCUCGAGGUCUUGUGGACCUUCUCUGAGUUCAUUGAGGGCUUUGCAAUGGUCCCGCAGUACAUCUUUUGUUAUCGUGAACGGGUCAACAAGGAUGUGGGUGCCAGCUUGUAUGUUGUCAUGCUUGGGGGCUACCGCGUAUUUUACGCGCUCAACUGGAUCUACAAGAAGAUCAACAUGCCUCGGUACUCAGACAUCCAAUCCUGGAUUGGUGGUCUUGUCGAGAUAAUGUUUUUCCUCGACUUCUUGAAUUAUAGGUUCACCGGAAACAGCAUCCUUCGGUCGUUUGUGCUAAAGGUUGAUACCAAGAUCAACGAAAUCAGCGACCAGGUGGAAUCCAAAGUGCUGGGUUCAACAGCUCGAUCAGAUCGCGCCGAGACUGAGGGCGGUGAGAUGAGAAGGCUCCCGUACAAUGGAUGCAGAUGCAGAUUUUUCACAGUAAUGUGUCUUUGUGAUGUCAAUUUUUUGUUAGUUUGGCAUAUUGUGUCUGAAGUCACCUCGCCUUCCUUCGCAGGACUGAUUCAGAAGUUCUCAAGAUCAUUAUGGAAUCCUAUUCUCACUCCAGAUGUUUUUGGGGCGCUGGGUCAGACAUGUCGGCAGGCAUGUCCUGCGCCGCAGCAGGUUGCUCAUAUAUUGCCACACUCAAUUGUCCGAAAGUUCUGGCAAAAAAUCGAGAAGUCAUCUUAA